AUGUCCGCGUCGUUGUCAUACUCACGAAGGACUUCUUCGACUUCGACUGACCUGCACAAGUUCCGCCGCACAAAUUCACUGGCAUUCGCCAAGUCAGACUGCCACACCUGCUCAUCGCUCAAUGUCCGGUGCGAUCGUCAGCGACCACGAUGCACACCAUGUCUCGACGCCGGUAUCCUGUGUCAGGGAUACUCGAUGAAGCUGACAUGGCAUCAGAGUCACUCCAUGGUGAACAAGCCGCCCAAGGUGAAGUCGGCGACGGCGAAGGGGCCGAUAAACCGUGCCACCACUACUGGUGUCCAGAAGAACCAUGAGAAAGAAACGCACGACCUCACCAAUGCAGAUGGCAAGGGUAGGACCUUCAUGUUCGUGGCAGCUCGUCCAUCAAAGCGAAGAAAGAGGAGCCACCAGCACCAGUCAACUACGACCAAUUCCGAGUAUGCGUCCUCCUCGCUGAGGGUACAGUCAGUUGUGGCUGCCGGUACGAGCAAUGGUGCGAGCAUGGGAGACCAGUCUGAUAGCGCAAAGGGCGAGAUGUCUCCAGCUUUACUUCCAGAUUUGUCGCAGAGUCUUGAACAGGCACCAGCGGCUACUGCAGACAUUCUGCAACUUCCCCUGCCUUCUCCACCGGCCAUACCGGACCUCGAAGGUGGACUCGAUCCAUCCAGCAUGCUCUCGUGGCAUCAACAGGACCUCGACUGGAUCUCUCCACCGUGCCAGCAGACCACAGCAGAUCUCGAUCUCGAGAGUCUAGAACAGUGUCUGGAGAUUCAACGACAGCCUCUGCCUCUGGUAGAUCCGCCAUCACCCAAUUUCAGCGCAGAUCUCAAUCUUCUCGACCUCUCUCAGACCUUGUGGCAAGAUGAAGACGAAGAUCUUGAUGGCCACUUUACUCCAGAAUCUUCGUCGACAAGGCUAUCCCUGACAUCAGACCGUGUUGGACAGGAGAUGUCAGUCACGGUUCCCCAGAUGCUGUAUUCGACGUUGACGGAGAAAUUCUACGGGUUGCUAGAUAUGUACGACCGAGAAUUCUGCUGGUAUCCCAUCACAAACGACUUUUCAGUCAACCCGUACCGUCUGAGACCAGAAACCACAAGAGGGUCACAGCACUUGCUCCACGCCAUUGUAGCGCUGUCGUGCCACUUCAAGCUACGAUCUCCUAACCAGUUACUACCCCCGUCUGACGCCAUCGAUCACAAGAACACGUCACUGGUGCUCUAUCAGAAUGCCUUGUCCAAGGAAGAUGCACACAUCGAUGGAUUGAGUCUGCUUGAUACGGCCAUGGCACUGUGGCAGUUUGAGGCUGCCCUCUCGUCCCUGAAUAUCUGGCGCACUCAUCUAGGUGAUGCGUAUAAAUUGCUCGAACUGUGUGGUGGUAUUCGCAGAUGGUCUGCGGGUAUCAAGGCAAAUACUCAGGUUGCCAUGUUCCUUUGGUGGGACGCAAUGGUCUCUCUGUUGUCGCGAGAACAGACUGUUUUCCCGUACUCGUAUUUCGAGGCCCUCCUCAAAGCUGAAGGUCGUCAACCUUGGACAUUCUACGAACUCAACGGGUGUCCGCGCGAAGUGUUGGUUCCGAUGAUGCAACUCGCCAAUCUGGCAGCGUCAAGUUCAACCAAACAGCAGAACAGGAUUGCGACUGCAGAUGCAAAAGUAAGCUCCAGAAUCGUGGCCGAAAUCGAACUCUCCCUCCGUCGCUAUGAAUACCACGGCGACGGUCUGAGCGAUUUGGUCUUUGAGGGUAUGGACUUUGACGAAGAAGCCCUCCACAUCGAACGAGACCGGUACCACUGCUGCGAAGCGUUCCGGUACGCGCUGCUGAUCUACAUUGUGCGCAUCUUCGUCCUCCCAAACACACGCACGGUGGAAAGGAAGAAGGGCGUGCACGCGAGACUGUCGUUUCUCUCGCGCGUCGUCCUGGAACAUGUGCAUGCGUGCCGACCAAGCGGUCGCAUGAUCCAGAAGCAGGCUUUGUUCCCGGUCUUCAUGGCAGGCGUGGAGAUCAGGGCCCACCAAGGCCACGAGAACAGGCAGUUUGUCGCAGAGUAUUGUGAGAGGUGGUAUGGUAAAUUUGGAUAUCAGAUGUACUCGACCGUGUUGGAUGUGUGUCGCGCCGUGUGGGCUGAGAGGGACGCUGGGAAUGAAGAGUAUUGGUGGGGAGAAGAGUUGGAUUCGAGGAGGGCAAUGGAGGGGGCAUUUGUGCAGUUUUGUUUUGGUUAG